AUGGUUUGCGAAAAGUGUGAAAAAAAGCUCGGACGUGUUGUGACACCAGAUCCAUGGAAAUCAGGAGCGAGAAAUACUGUUGAAAGUGGUGGUCGCAAAGUUGGUGAGAAUAAAGCAAUUAGUGGUAAUAAGUCAAGAUUUAAUCCAUAUACUGCUAAGUUUGUGUCUUGCAGAAUAUGUCGACAAACUGUGCAUCAAGUAGGGUCACACUACUGCCAGGCAUGCGCUUACAAGAAAGCAAUUUGUGCCAUGUGUGGCAAAAAACUGCUUGACACAAAGAAUUAUAAACAGUCGUCAGCAUAA